ACAAAUUUUAGACACAAAAUAUGGUUUAAAAAGGUGGCAGAUUGGUGAAAUCGCUUCCAAGAUUGGACAGCUGUAUUAUCAUUAUUAUUUACGCACCAGUGAAACGAACUACUUGAAUGAGUCAUUCUCAUUCUAUUCUGCAAUCCGUGCUAGAGCGUAUUAUUCCAAAGCAAAUAAAGAAGGGCCGGAACUUUGUGUGAAGAAGUUGAGAUAUUAUGCACGGUUUGUGGUGGUGUGUUUGCUACUCAGAAAAAUCAGUCUAGUACGGGAACUUAUUCAGGAAUUAAAUAAACAAAUAGAAGAGUAUACUAGUUUAUAUGAACCAGAAGAUCAGUUGGAAUGGCAGCUAGUGCUCGGGGAAAUCAGGUCAUUUAUUGAUGCAGAGCAGAUAAUUAAUGUCAUAGAGACAGAUACCAAACCAUUAGUAUUAACACAUAGAUUAAGUAAAGAUGGCGUACCGGCAUUGGACAGAGGACAACAUGUAUAUCUUACAUUACAAGAAGCACUGAUCAUUGGCAAUUGUAAUGAACAGAUUAAAUUCAGUGAGUUGACCCUUGACAUGUACAGAAUAUUACAGGCAUUAGAAAGAGAACCAAAGGGAGAUGACAUCCAUCAUCACCACCACCAUAACGACUCAUCACCUGCACCAGGUCAACAACCAGUG